UGUGGUUAGUACUAAAUAGUGACUAUAUAAUUAUAUAAUUUUUAUAGCGUUUACAGUCCUAUAUAUUUCUCCAGUCCUUUUUAAGAAAGUGUGUUAAGUGGUUACAAAAAGUAAUGUUAUUUAAAUUUGUUAAAGAUUUUUUACGUAACUCAAUUCAAUUUCCAACUUGUUUAGUAAAGAGUUAGUGUAUGUUGAAAUACAUGUUGACGAAGUAUGAAUGUCUAAGAUACUUUUGGAUCAAUCAUGAUGAAAUAAUCCAUUUCAAAGAAUAUUCUAUAUGUAGAUGUUAAUGAAUGGAUUGCAAGACAAACAUAAAUGCAUCUAAAUGUUAUAACUUUUAACGCUUAAAAUGGGACUUCUUAUAUCGAAAAUCUGGAGCUUGUUUGGCAAUGAUGAGCAUAAGCUGGUUUUAGUAGGUUUGGACAAUGCAGGUAAAACUACUAUACUCUAUCAAUUGCUGCUUGGUGAAGCUGUCCACACCAGACCUACUAUUGGAUCAAAUGUUGAAGAGGUUGUUUGGAAGAAUCUACGGUUUGUAAUGUGGGACCUUGGAGGUCAACAAAGUCUGCGAUCUGCUUGGAAUACUUACUAUACAAACAGUGAGUUUGUCAUAAUGGUGAUAGAUUCCACUGAUCGACAAAGAUUGAGUAUUAGUCGAGAUGAACUCCAUAGCAUGCUUAUACAUGAGGAACUUAGUAAGGCUUGUCUCCUUGUAUUUGCCAAUAAGCAGGAUGUCAAAGGUUCAAUGACUGCGGCAGAAAUAUCACAGCAAUUGGAUUUGACAUCAAUAAAGCAUCACCCCUGGCAUAUACAAGCUUGUUGUGCAUUAACAGGUGAAGGGCUGCAUCUUGGUCUAGAGUGGAUUGCUAGUAGAAUCAAGAAGAAAUGACAUGAAAUUGACAGAGUCAAUUAAUAUAUUAAAUCUAGUAUAUAGUAUAUCUAUAUCUAAUAAUAUUUUUAAUCUUGUUGAUACAUCAUUUUUAUCCUAAUUUUUAAAAUUAUUGACCUACUGUAUUCAGUAGUUUAUAAAAAAAUCGUUUUAUAAUUUUCUGGAAAGUGUAUGAAUCCAAAUUUUUUGCAUGUCCUAUUUUCAUUGAAAAUUUAAAUGAAACAAAAUAUCAAGUUCUAUCACUUUAUUUUAUUAUUUGUAAUAUUGAUGAUCAAAAUUAUUGUACAUUUUUACCUUUAUUAUGUACUACAUAUGACCAAACAUUGCACUACAAGAAAAUAUUAAUUCUAUUGUACAUACAGUGAUAUUUGGUAAGAAAUAUGUGCCGACGAAUACAAAAUUAAUUAAUUGUAAACUAAUUUCAAUUUAUAUAUUAUUUGCCUAAUUAAAUAUUCACUUUGACAAUCGUGUUAAAAUGAAACACGUAAAAUUGUUGACAUCGAAACUUCCAUAUGUUGAACCAAUGGGAGCUAUAGAAAGACUGCCCAAUAUUACAUAACAAUGCUCCCUGUCUUUAUUAUAAUACAUUCGCAAUAAAAACUUCUUAAUGAAUUGUCUUUUAUAGAAUAGAAUUGAAA